ACGACAACACGAUGGGGUGCGACUUAACCAGCAUUGCUAGCAACGGAUUACGUGCAUUGUCGCUUUUGAGUUUGUUGCUUCUGUUUUCAAGUUUUGUCUCCAUGGCAAAUGCAAAAACUCACUACCAUGACUUUGUUGUUCAAGAAACAAAAGUAACAAGACUGUGCAAAACGCAGACCGUUCUUACAGUGAAUGGGCAACUACCAGGCCCGACCUUGGAAGUGAACAAUGGCGACAGUUUAGUGAUAAAUGUCGUCAACAGAGCUAAAGAUAAUGUUACCAUUCACUGGCAUGGUGUUAGACAAAUUACCACAGCAUGGGCAGAUGGACCUGAGUUCAUCACUCAGUGUCCUAUUAGACCAGGAGCGAGUUACACCUACAGGUUCAUGAUUACAGGACAAGAAGGAACACUAUGGUGGCAUGCACACAGCUCAUGGGUCCGAGCCACGGUGUAUGGUGCUCUUGUCAUUCGCCCCAAAGAAGGAGAUUCUUAUCCAUUUACGAAACCAAAACGUGAUUCUGUCGUUAUCCUUGGGGAAUGGUGGAAUGCUAACCCCUUGGAUGUUAUAAGACAAGCCAUGAGAUCAGGAGGAGCUCCUAAUAUAUCGGAUGCAUACACUAUCAAUGGUCAACCUGGUGAUCUAUAUAAUUGUUCCACCAAAGAAACUGUAAUAGUUCCAGUGGAUUCAGGCGAGACAAACCUCAUUCGGGUGAUCAAUGCUGGUCUCAAUCAACAGCUUUUCUUCAGUAUUGCUAACCACAAACUCACAGUUGUCGGAGCUGAUGCUUCUUAUGUCAAACCUUUCGCCACCAAUGUCCUCAUGCUUGGACCAGGCCAAACCACUGAUGUACUCAUCAAAGCCGACCAACCACCAGCACGAUACUAUAUUGCUGCACGUGCUUACGCCAGUGCACAAGGAGCGCCAUUUGACAACACCACCACAACUGCCAUUUUGGAGUACAAAACCGCCCCAUGUCCAGCAAAGGGUGUCUCAUCGAAGCCCAUUAUGCCUUCUCUUCCAGCUUUUAAUGACACCGCUACCGCCACUGCUUUCACCACUAGCUUCAGAAGCCUAAAAAAGGUCACAGUUCCAACUGACAUCGAUGAGAAUCUCUUCAUCACUGCAGGGCUUGGACUAAACCAGUGCCCAAGAGGAGCCCCUUCUAGUACAUGUCAGGGUCCAAAUGGAACCCGAUUCACUGCAAGCAUGAACAAUGUAUCUUUCGCCCUCCCUUCGAAUUUCUCUGUGCUGCAAGCACACCACCACGGUGUUCCUGGAGUUUUCACCACUGACUUUCCAGCAAAGCCUCCAGUGGCAUUCGAUUACACUGGUAACGUAAGCCGAUCUUUGUGGCAACCUAUUCGUGGUACAAAAGUUUACAAGUUAAAAUAUGGAGCGAAGGUACAAAUAGUAUUACAAGGUACUAAUAUCCAAACAGCUGAGAAUCACCCCAUCCAUCUUCACGGAUAUGAUUUCUACAUAUUAGCAGAAGGAUUCGGAAACUUCAAUCCUGCAACUGACACCUCUAAAUUCAACCUUGUGGAUCCACCACUGAGAAAUACUGCCAGUUUACCAGUUAGCGGGUGGGCAGUCAUUAGAUUCGUUGCUGACAAUCCAGGUGCUUGGAUCAUGCACUGUCACUUGGACGUUCACAUCGGGUGGGGUUUGGCUACAGUGUUUUUAGUAGAUAAUGGAGUUGGAGUACUGGAGACAUUACAACAACCACCAGCAGACUUGCCUGUCUGUUAAUAACGUCUGCCAUUUACUAAUUCAAAAAUCAUCAUGUUGUCCAAGAUUACAAGAGUUUUAAUGUUGUUUACCCCCACAUUGGGGAUUUGAAUUUCUCUUAUACUGUUUUGUCUUUUGUUUUUUGCAUUUGUUUUGUUUUCCUUCUCUUGUAGCAUUUCUGAUAGC